GUGAAAGGAAAAGCGACCACAGCCACCGGCAGGGCUUUGCAGGUGGAAAAAAUGCUUAGGCACAAAGGAGGCUUCUGCCCAAAAGCUGGCCCUGCAGGUGACAGGGAACAACAACAACAGCCCUCCCCAACACACCUGACACCAACACCUCUGACCCAGCGCUUUCGCAACCCCGUUCACCCACUACAGCCACUCUGCCCCGAGACCACAACUGCCACCACAAUCCCCGGCCACGGACACCCCAGCUAAACCCUGCCUGUCCCGAGACCACUACAGCCACCAGCCCAAACCAGAAACCACGGGCGGAAACCCCCAGCAAUCGGAAAGCGAAGAAGGGAAAGCUGCCACCAUACAAAGCCGCACGCCCGGCGGCGUCCCAAGCACAGCCACCAGCACCAACACCAGCAGCACCAACACCGAGCCUCGCCGGGCUCCUGCUCAGCACCGGCCGACAGCACCCACAGACCCACCAUGGCUGCGCUCAAAGCCCCACAGACACGCCUGCCGCACGCCGCCCCGGCGCUCCCGCUCCUCCUCACCGCUCUCGCCACCGCCCUCGCCUGCCAACAGCUCUGGACACACGACGACACCUUCCCUGGCGACGCACUCCGCCUCCUCCAGGACAUGGCUCCCAGCCACACACAGCCCUGCCACCUCCAGGAGCCGCCCUUCUUCCCCGACACCCUCCUCCACGACAACCUCCACCCGCACCAAGCCGCCGUCACCGCCCUACGCAUCCUCCAGCACCUCUUCCACACCCUCAGCACCAACAGCACCCGCCAGCACUGGCCCACCCAGGCUCGCAACGACCUCCUCAACAAACUCCAGCACCACAUCCACCUCCUCGAGCAAUGCCUCCCCGACAACGCCGCGCUCUUCAAAGGACCACGCAACCUGCUGCUCACCGUCAACAAGUACUUCAGGGACAUCCACCUCUUCCUCCGUGCCCACAACCACAGCGCCUGCGCCUGGGACCACGUCCGCCUCGAAGCUCGCGCCUCUUUGCAGCACCUCCACAACCUCACACGCACCAUGCGCCGCUAGCACAGACACCCACGCCCAAAACACCCACCUCCAGGACCUCACCCGCCCGUCCCCCCAACCAGCGACAACCGACGUGCCUGUAACAACCGCACGGCACUCGCAGCCUGCAACCACUGCGUCUCCACUGGUACAGCCUCUCCCCUUCAUUAGGACUGAAGACUUUCUCUACUCAAUUAUUUGUUUGCUCAUUUAUUUAUUUAUUACCUUAUUUAUUUAUUUGCCUAUUUAUUUACUUAUUCACGUAUUUAUUUUUCUACUUACUCGCUAUUUUAUGCCACGGAAAAUAAAGACCCAUGACAAAACAACUGCCACUGCCUCUUGUCUCACUAGCACUGCAACCGCUCUUUGGGCCGGGGGAAAGCCUUCUCUGUUCAACACCAACUCCAAGCCCCGCUCCAAACAGUCCCUGCCCACUCUUCUCACUGGCCCAGCAGCAUCCUGGAGCAACCACUCGGGAAAAGCCAUUGCCAGCAUUUGGCCAACACCCCAGAAUCACCACCCAAAAAUAAAGAAGCGCUAAGGUUGGAAAGCACCGCUGCAGCUCAUCCGCUUCAUCCAUCCAAAUGCCUGGCCCUGGCACUUACAGACAAGGAUGGCCCGCGGGACAGUGUCAAACACUUGCCACAACUCCAGGCACACAAGGUCACUUACUCUUACACAGCGCUCCACAGCCCUAACUACACAGAACAUCACCAAAAAUGCCGGGAACGGCAAUUUCCCACUUUCAAAAGCCACAGUCAGUCCCCAUUUCCAGUCACCUGUCUCAUUUCCAGCGGCCUUAGCAGAGCUUCUCUUUCCCACAGAAGCUGCCUCAUCAUCUUGCCUGCAACGAAGCUCACGCUGACUGCUCUGCAGUUCACACACUCUUCUGCUAUUCCCUUUGUAAAAACAGGGGGACUCUUUCCCUUCUUCUACUUAUCGGUGACUUGACAAACAUCAUUUCUCAAAACCGAUCAACGCUGGCCUACAACUCCACCUGACAGUCCUCUCAGGACUUGCAGAUGAAUCUCAUCAUGGACUUCCACAUACUCAGCUUCCUUAGACGGUCUCACACCACAUCUUAUCCUCCAGUGGCCUCGGCCUCUUCAUUCUUCAUUGCAGGGCUCCCAGCACUUGCCUUCCGUGAUGUUGGCAGUGUGGCAGGAGCUCAAUGACACACAAGGCUGCAACCACCUGCUCCUCUCCACAGCCUCUUCUCCCUGAAGUCUAAAACCCCCAGACCCCAGCACCCACUCAUCGUACGAAUAGUCACGAGGCUACGUCCUCGUGAGGCCAGCCAUGUCAUCCCCGCGCAAAUCUGUGAACAAACAAAGAGGUGCAAACACCUCUUUGCUCUCCCCAGAUUUUGGCCUUUCUUUAAAGGCAUCUGAAACUACUGGCAGGUCUUCUCUACUCCACCUGAAGCAGCCCAGCCCCCUCAGCCUUUCUCACACGUGAUGUCCUCUCAUGCCCUCUGCAUCUUCGCAGCAGACAUUCCUGCCAAAAGCUCCACUCCUCCCCGCCAUGAACUAAAGAGCCUUGAGCUGGACACACUCUUCCGGGGGAGGGCUCCGGCAAUCCCAAAACACAGCACCGUUCCUCUGGCGGGCGACAGUCCCCCUUCGCUCUCUGCCUGCCUCAUCUACGGAAGCAGGCGAAACAAAACUAUGGCCCCGCUCUAACGCCAAACAAACACCACCACAGACACACAGCAAACAACACAGGAGCAACAAAGCUCUCCCGGUUUUCCUACUCCUUCUUCAUCGACCCUAUUUUGAAAUGUCUUGUUGCCCUGCCACCUCAGCUUCCGAGACGGCACCUGGGCCACACCGCUGCAAGAACGCACUCGCGGCCUCCGAGGCUUACUCCCGCACACAGC